AAAUAAAGCAGAGACCACCCCGCUCUCUCCUCCCUUUUCUCUCUUUCUCUCUUUCUCUCUCUACCGUUCAAUCUCUGUUUCUCCUUUUUCUUCUCUGUCAUCUUUCUUUUCUCCAAUGGCUCUUCUUCCCUUUCCCCCAUCUUAUAAUGGAAUUGGGUCUUGUUUUAUGAUUCUGUGCUUGAUUUUGGUUGUUACCCAUACAGCUUCACCAGCUCUACUGGUGGGAUUGAAGAACCACCAUAUCACCCACCAUUUCAGGAAACCACAACCCAUCACAGCUAAUAAAACCACCUGCAACUUGUUCGUCGGGAGCUGGGUUCGUGAUGAUUCUUACCCGACUUACCAAUCCUCUUCAUGUCCUAUCAUCGACCCAGGUUUCAAUUGCCAGUUGAACGGUCGACCGGAUACAGAUUAUCUCAGAUAUCGAUGGAAACCCAUCAAUUGUGACCUCCCCAGGUUCGAUGGGGUUGAUUUUCUGAUGAAGAUGAGAGGGAAGACGGUGAUGUUCGUGGGUGAUUCACUGGGUCGCAACCAAUGGGAGUCUUUGAUUUGUAUGAUUUCACUUUCGGUGCCACAAUCACCUACCCAAUUGGUCAAGGCUGAUCCUCUGUACACGUUCAAGUUCUUAGAAUAUGGGGUGUCGGUGUUGUUCUAUAGAGCACCGUACCUGGUGGAUAUAGAUAUUAUGCAAGGGAAGCGAAUUCUGCGGUUGGACGACAUCUCAGGCAAUGCCAACGCUUGGAGAGGUGUUGAUGUCUUGUCUUUUAACUCUGGACACUGGUGGCUUCACAAGGGUUCACUUCAGGGGUGGGACUACAUGGAAUCAGGAGGGACAUUGUAUCAAGAUAUGGACCGGUCUGUGGCAUUUGAGAGGGGUUUGAGAACGUGGGCUAGCUGGGUUGACACUAAUAUUGAUCCGACAAAGACAAGUGUCUUCUUCCAGGGCAUCUCUCCUACACAUUACAAACUUAACCCUAAAAUGAAGAUUAUGUCUCCCUUUUCUUCAAAUGGAGCUUAUGCAAUACAAGUGGGCCAUGGAUAGGUGUUGUGAACGUAGGCCCACCAAGAAGACUGAUCAGAACCGUCAAGAUUCUCCUGCCUUUUUUAUAUUGAUCAAGCGGUUCACCCUACCCUACCAAAAGACUGACUGGUCUUUCAUAGUUGGUGCCUCGUGACAAGCAAUAAUUGGAAAGAAAGAAAAACUAACAGGUGGGGUCAUCAACAUUCACGUGACGUCGUGAAGUAUGUAAAUUCACCAAAAAAGAAUAUUCUUUUUUCCUCUUCUCUCCCUGUCUACCACGGUCUGUACUGAGGGUAAUCUUGUCAUUCUGACUUGUCUUGUGACCUAACAAACGCCAAUUAUUUUUGUCGGUGGUGGCAUUUAGUGGGCUUCCACUAUCAUGUGUUUUUUUCGGCGCCUAAUGGGACAUUUUUUGCUUUAA